AUGGAUUGUGUUUGCUUCCUUGAAUUCUCAAAUUUGACCACAUCCAUAAGGCCAUCAAUAAUGAUACUUGGAUUAAUCUCCCAGGAGUUACACCAGCAGCUUCUGGACCUGAAGAAUUACCAGAAUCGCACAAAUGGGGUGGAAGAGCUCAAACACAUCCUCUCAGAAGUGGACAUGAAAUCAGUCCCAUCUGACAGUAUUGAAGAGUUCAUAAAUUUUCUCCCACGACUUCUGGAUGACAGUAAUUUUAAAGUGUUGUAUGGUACCUUACAAGUUUUAAACUUACUCAUUCAGAAGUUAGAUACAAACGCAGACAAAUACAUCAAACAGAUCGUUUUAGUGGCUCUCAAAGCCCUAGGGGACACUCGCACCCUCACCAGGAAUGAAUAUAUGAAUGUGUUUCGACAGAUCAUGAAAACUGUUUCUCCGCAACAAGUAUUAGAUCUUGUCAUUGGUAACUUGAAACACAAAAAUUCUAGGGUCCGGGAAGAUGUCCUUAACAUUAUUAUUGCAGCUAUGCUCACUCAUCCCAGGAAAGAUUUCAACAUCCCCAAACUUUGUUUUGAGGUUGCACCAUAUCUGGCAGACAGCAAAAAGAAGGUCCGCCAUGCAGCUCUUGAGCUGUUUGCUGUUUUUGACUAUUGCCUUGACACAGGGAAAAAACAGCCUUUAAUGAAGGCUUUGGACAUGGUUGAACUCAACGAGGAUGCUGAGGGUCUUAUGGCAGCUGUACAGGCGAGGCGAGCAAGGCACGUCCUCCCAAAACUCUCCUCGGAGGGGGUAGUGGAGUAUGGCCUGGUGGUGCCCAAACCAGGGCAGCGCUCCCACCCACAGUAUGGUUCAGGAGCUGAUCUGGACUGGGUGAUGAACGGCGGCCGGGCUAGCAGUGCCAGGAGCCACAGAACUGAACCAGACUGUGAGCGGUUGUAUGGAUAUGGCAGCUUAGGCUCCCUUACUGAUGACCCUCCACUUCAAAGGAGGAUUGUCAGUGCGGGUAAAGGGAAGAACAAACUACCCUGGGAGAUGUCAAGCUUCUCAUCCACUGAAAAUGACCAGCAACGCAGUACACCCAAUGGAAAGUACUCUAAACAGGUGGCCAAUGAGGAUUUCCUUCCCCUGUCCAGGAAGCUGAGUCCAGAGACAUACAUACCCAGUUUUAGUUCAGCAGAGCCACCGAAGCCACAAUCCUCCACAAGGAGGGAGUCCCCUGCACGCAUCAGAAGAAGUGGAAGCCUAAACUUAGACCCUGACAUCUUUAAGACCACCAACUUCACUGACUCCGAUAACAUGGCCUCUAAGGGGCGUGUGCUUCCAAGGAACCCCAGUGUUGAGCGCACGUUUUCUCUCCCCUCUAACCCAACCACACCUGGCUCCUUCCUACUGCCCUCCUACCCACUGGCUACACUCCCGGGAGGCAUGCUUACUCCAACAUUGUCCCGCCAUCAUGCUGACUCUUCCCUCUCUAUGUCCAACACCUGGCCCAACAAGAAAGACAACACCCCUCACCAGCGAGACACCAGCCCCUGGAGAGACACAGCAGGCACAGCAAAGGGAGACUUCUCUAGCAGAUGCUCUCCCAGGCCUCUUCGUGCCUCCCUUGUGAGUUCUCCUUCCACCUCGUCGUUCCGUCGGGCUCUGAGCAGCACCAGGGCAACCCUCUCUAUCUCACCAGUUGUUCCUCAAGCAGAACAGGCCUAUUCUCAUAAUGGGCAGAGGUCUAAUGCUCCAGGAAGCCCUCAAAAUCAGCAACUAGAAAGGGACCUUCACCUAGACCCUGUUAGCAUCAAUACAGCACAAGAUCCACAAGAGGAAGAUCCUCUGGAUAUGCAGGAGAUGCUGAACUCACUGCGCUCAUUGCGCAACAGUGCUGCCAAGAAGAGGGCCAAAGUGAGCCUUAGCAGUUCAGACCCAGACAGCCCUGACUCAGCUGUGAGGUUAGGUCUGGACUCACCAUCGCACACCUCUCCCAUGCUUACCAGUUCAACCAGUGAGAGUGGUCUUUUCAGUCUGAGCUCAGUUGCCAACUCCGGUUUCAAUGGCAUCAAAGCCAGUCCUGGAAACUCUACCUCUUCAAGAGUUAAGCCUCGCAUUGCAAGAGAUCCUUCUGCAAAACUGAGAUCUUCUGUGUCCAUGGACUAUAGCAGCCUCCAAGGAUUGUCUCAGAGAAAUGAAAUGUCAUCUGAGGUUGGUGUUGUUGGGCAGAGAGUCACUUACUCCAAUGGAACAAUCAAAGCCGAGGAAGAGACAACAGGAUCCUCCCCUCCGUUGGUCAAAUCAGCCUGCCGGGAGUCAGUCAGAGCUUUGAAACCUGCUAAAGGGUCUCAGAACCACAACAGCAGGAACUCCACAGUCAUGGACAUGCCUGAAGGAGUCAUCGGAAGAGGCAUGUUUGACACUGCAGUGUCCUCCAGUCGUCCAGGAGUGGCCUUGACACUUGAGCAGGGUGAUUCAGUGGCCAAACCUCCCACUGAUCCCUCAGGAGGCAUCUACAGCCAUGCUAUGUCUGCCACUCACCAAGACAGUGGUGACAUCCCUCGUCCAGAUGAGGUUAAGGAGAGGGUGAAGAAUGCGAGAUUUAGCCGGGAUAAAAUGCGGCUGCAGCGUCAGGAUCAGUCAGAAGGGCCGUUUUGUCAAGGGGACAACACACGAGACAAGAUUCGCCACCGUGUCAGACAGAUGCUGUCAGACUCACCUACAGAGGAGAUCAAAGAAUUAUUCAUCAAAGAUCUACAUCUGAACGGAAGCACACUGAUUUCCUCUAAAGCAGACCCUCCCUCUGACGAGUCGCCCAUCAGCCCCACCAGUCCUGUCAGCCCACCCGGCCCCCAAAGCCCCAUCAAGUGCUUCACUCCGCCCCACCAGCCAAGCCCCCCAACAGUGCCCCCCAACCCCAAAAACCUGUCCCGUCUCAGGAGGGCUCCUAGCCUCAGCAGGACCCGACCCUCGCUGUCCCACAGCUCCGAUGAGCUGUCUCCUGGUGCUGUGGGCCACAAGAAAAAUCUCUCAGAGCCUCCGGAGCUGUGUCCAUUUUCCAAGCCCGAGCUGGCACUGACCCAGAGCUUCAACCUGCUGAGCUCAGAGGACUGGGAGAAGAAGAUAGAAGGUCUGACGUUCCUGCGUUCUUUGGCCCACUACCACUCAGACACACUCCAGGGCAGGCUUCAUGAUGUCUGUUUGUCUCUCAUUCAAGAGGUGAAGAAUCUGCGGUCAGGUGUGUCCAGGGUUGCAGUGUGUACACUGGGUGACCUGUACAGCCACCUGCAGAAGACAAUGGACCAGGAGCUGGAGGGCACAGUUAAAGCCUUACUGCAGAAGGCCGGGGAGACUAAUGCCUUUAUUAGGCAGGAUGUUGAUGCCGCACUGGACUGCAUGGUGCAGCACUGCACCCCCACUCGUGGCAUCAAUGCGCUUCUCUCUGGGGGGCUCAGUCAUCUUAAUGCAGUGGUAAGGAAGUGCACUGCCCAGCAUCUGGCCAAUCUGGUGGACAAGGUUGGUGCUGCCCGUCUCCUUUCUGGAGGAAAAGAUGUCACUGACAGAAUCUUGCCUGCAGUCACCAAGCUCGCACAAGACUCCUCACAGGAAGCCAGGUACUAUGGGCGUCGAAUGUUGCUGUCCUUGUCGUCCCACCCAGACUUUGACAAGAUCCUGGAGAAAUAUAUCUCCACCAAAGACCAGCCAACUGUCAGAGACACCGUCUUCACUCUCAAGACAAAGGGUCUUGGUGAGAUGCCUCAAGAUACCCAAUCUGCCAGAGGCAGACGCUCCCUUCCAGGCAGUGGCACAGUGAGGGCCUCAUCUCUCACCAGAGAGCCACUCAACCAGACCUACAGGGAGUCCAAUAGCAAUUACAGCUGUAGAUCUCAGACACAGAGUAUUGCAGACAAAACUGAAUACAUCAAGCAGAUCUCUGGUCUGCUGAAUUCAAAGGACUUCAGAGAGAGGAUCAAGGGAAUCGACCAGCUAGUGAUGGACUGCCAGCACAACCCCAACAUGGUCAUCAAUAGUAUAUUCCCAGUGUUUGAUGCCUUCAAGGCCAGGCUGCAGGAAUCCAACAGCAAGGUCAAUCUGUAUGCACUCGAGUCACUACAGAAAAUUAUCCACUUGAUGAAGGAAAACUUGUCCCAAGUGGUCAACAUCCUAGUCCCAGCAAUCGUGGACAAUCACCUCAACUCCAAGAACAACGCUAUCUACUCUGCUGCUAUUGGAGCUAUUGAUGCACUAAUCUUAAAUAUUGAUAACAUACUCCUUCUCCAGCCUUUUUGCACCAAGGCUCAGUUUUUAAGCGGCAAAGCAAAGGUGGACCUUAUUGAAAAGGUUGCAGAUCUUGUGACAGAGCUGUACCCUCGCAAGCCUCAGAUGGUGGAGCAGAAAGUGCUGCCCUUGCUGUGGCACCUCCUGGGCACCUCUACCCACAGUGGGACCAUUCAUGGCCGGGGCGGCAGUGUGCGCGGUGCUACCGCCAACCUGUGCCAAGCCCUUUAUGUCCAGAUGGGGCCCAGCCUGACUGAGUUUGCUGCCUCCCAACCUGCCAAUGUCCACAAAGGUUUAAAUGAGGUCCUGAGGACCUUGUCCUAAAGGUAAAGCAGAAUCCAAACACUACCAAAUGUUGGAAGAGAAGAGCAUUGACACAACACUGACCUUACUUGAAGACAGAGAUGUUCUACAUUUCUUACAGUGCCUGCACUUUUAUAUCAAUAAAGAGAAAGUCCUUAAAGAUUAGGAGCUCUUAUUCUUAUCUCAGUGAGAUUUCCUCUGGUACAGAAGCAUGGAUAAUUGUAACAUACUGACAUCAGGUCUUACACAUACUCAACCUGCUCUCUUUGCACUUUGAAAAGGUAGCUCAUUAUCAUGAUAAGACAUCAUGAAUUUUACAUUUUACCAUCAUUGUCAUCCCUUUUUUUCAUAAUCUAAACAUGUACUGUAGACAAAUCAGAAAGACUAUUGCAGAAUGUAAAAUCUAAAUGCACAAAAAGAAGGAAGAAGACAGGGACCUGAAAAGUGUAUAUUUUUGCUGUUUCAUCAAAUGUGAUGUGAUAUUUUUAAGAUGUCUUAUGUAGUUUUAAAGAUUUGUAAAUUGAGAUUAACAAGAAUAGUACAAAAUACUUUUGUACAGCUCAAAUGUGUAUUUGCACAGUAUUAGCCUGGUCUGUAAUCAUAUGCUGUAUGACGGUACAGUUAAUUUAUCUAUUGUGUAAUGGUUUAAAAUCCUGUUAAUGAUGUGCUGAGUUCGUUCUGUCUUUUUCUUUUUUCUUUUUUGCAUGACCAAAAUGUACUGGCAGGAUCAAAAUUGUUUAUAUUUUUGUUAAAUAAAUAUAUAUAUAUAUAUAUCUAUGUACACUGAUGCCUAGAUCAAGGUUGGUUUCAAAAGGAUAAGGAGUUCAGCUUUACUCCUGCGGUUGCCUGAGAAACAUUAAAGGCCCAGAUCGAUGAUUCUGUCUCAGUAUAGUGCCAGUCUUCAAGUAGCCUUUUAACUCAUCUGUUGUUAAAUUAUAUUAAACUUGUUUGUGAACAAGA